AGAAUUCACUAUUAAAUAGUAAUAGUCAAGAACCAUCAACAUUGUAUACCUCUCUAUUUCACAAACCAUUAAGAAAUCAUCAUGGCCAAAAAGUAUGGCUUCCUUAUUUGCAUACUUGUCAUGGUGAUGGAUAUUAUUGCAGGCAUACUAGGAAUUCAAGCAGAAACAUCUCAAAACAAGGAGAAACACAUGAAGAUAUGGCUAUUUGAUUGUAGAUAUCCUAGCCAUCAAGCUUUUAAGCUAGGAGUUGCAGCUAUUAUUCUCUUGCUUCUUGCUCACGCAAUUGCUAACUUGCUUGGAGGCUGCAUUUGUGUUAGAUCUAGAGAUCAUCACAUUCCAGCUACAGCUAAUAGGCAAUUAGCAGUGGCUUUUCAAAUCUUCUCUUGGAUUGUGUUUGCGGUUGCAUUGUGUAUGCUGAUUAUUGGUACAUUAGCAAACGCAAGAUCAAAAAAAUAUUGUGGAAUAUUUAAUCACAGGUUUCUAUUCAUAGGUGCCAUUUUGUGUUUCAUACAUGGAGUGUUCACUAUUCCUUAUUAUGUUUCAAUCACAGCCAUGAGAAGGGAAGAAAAGAGGCCACAAACCCCCGGACCCGCCGUAAUACGCACUUGAUUUAAUAUCACAUUUUCACCAAAACGUUGCUAAUUCUUACAUAUGAAAUGUACUCUUUUUUUUCAAUUAAAUUGAUUGAAUGAAAGUUUUCUAUUAUUUGAUUGUACUAUACUCACUAGAUUCGCAAU